GUGGGUAAGACGGUCAUUUGGAACACAGCCUGAGGUCUGUCUGCUCAGAGAGCAAGGAGCACAAAGCCAUGGAAGAGGAGGCCAAAGUUAUCCGGGAGGGAUACCUUGUGAAAAAGGGAAACAUGUUCAAUACCUGGAAGGCAGUUUGGGUUGUUCUUUUAGAAGAUACGUUUGAAUUUUACAGUAAAAAAGGUGAUGGGAGUCCCAAAGGAGUCAUUCCACUGAAGGGAAGUUCAAUUACAUCUCCGUGUACAGACUACAUCAAGAAAAUGUUUGUUUUUAAGUUACACACAGCAAAGAAUCAGGACCAUUAUCUGCAAGCUUCCCACCUGGAAGAACGUGAUGCUUGGGUGAAAGACAUGAAGAGAGCAAUUCAAUGUAUUGAAGGUGGCCAGAAGUUUGCACGCAAGUCAACGAGGAGGUCUAUCAAGUUGCCUGAAAAUAUAAACUUAGGUGCUUUAUAUCUUUCUAUGAAGGACCCUGAGACUGGAGUCAAAGAACUGAAACUGCAAAAAGACAAGAAAGUUUUCAAUCAUUGCUUCGCAGGUGCCUCUGUGAUUGACUGGUUGCUGUCAUCUAACUUUGUCAGGAAUCGGCGAGAGGGAAUGAUGCUGGCAGCGGCCCUUGUUUGUGAUGGUUACGUUCAGCCAGCUGAAGAGAAGGCCAAAUCAGCAGCUGAGGGCAUCACUGAAAACUGCUUUAUUGAUGACUCCAAUGCAUACUAUUAUUUCGCUGACAGCGGCUUUUUCAGUGAAGGAAGCUCAAGUGACGACGAAGAAAUUUUAAAAGAGGAAUUUCGAGGAGUCAUUGUGAAACAGGGCUGUUUGCUGAAGCAGGGUCACCGGAGGAAGAACUGGAAAGUCCGAAAGUUUGUUCUGCGCGAUGAUCCUGCCUACCUGCAUUACUACGACCCAACGGCGGAUGAUCAGGACCAGCCUCUUGGUUCCAUUCACUUGCGGAGUUGUGUAGUGACAGCGACUGAUGGUCUUUCAGAUGGAAAGAAAUCUGAUGUUAAGGGGAAUCUCUUUGAAAUCAUCACAUCAGAUGAAGUGCACUACCUGAUCCAGGCUGCAACACGGGAAGAGCUCACUGAGUGGAUAAAGGUUAUUAAAAGUGUAGCAAGUACCGGGAAAUAAAAAUGGAGCCAAGCAAAUACCACAUUGUUGAUUCUCCGGAACUUUAAAGACAUUAACUAGCUCUCAAAAUAAAUAAUCAGCUCUCUAUUGCUGGCAGCAGUGAUAUAAAUAACUAGUUGUACACGCACAAUGGCUAAGGCAGUGUCUUAGUAACUCAUUACUAAAUAAAAACCGAAAGAUCUGUGGAUGCUGUAAAUCAGAGACAAAAACAGAAAUUGCUGGAAAAUCUCAGAGUUAUUGUUUAGGAUACUGAGGAAGGGUCACUGGACCUGAAACGUUAACUUUGAUUUCUCUCCACAGAUGCUGCCAGACCUAUUGAGCUUUUCCAGCAACUUCUCUUAUUGUCUCUUGGUAACUAGUGAAUAUUUCUUGAGCUGAAGAGAGACAAUUACAGGCUGUUUUUCACUUCCUUUUUAAUGUAUGCUUCAUUGGUUUUUAUUCUAAACUUUAUUUGUGGCAAAUAUUAACAGUGUAUUUAUAGCAAGUGUUGCAAUGAUGCUGAUAUGUCGAGCAUGCACCCUAUGCUGGUGAUAUUGUGGAGAAAUAAUGUGAAUGAUACUAAUCAGUUGUCACUCUUUGAUGCCUGCGGGAGAUUGUUUUCAUUGCAAAAUUCAGUACAGAGCCUGGACUAGCAUUUGAUGCAAACCUAAAACUGAUGGCACUCCUUACAAGUUUAUUAAUAAACUGUUAUACUGAGAAGGCUUUGUUAUUGGAGAAUUAAUAAACUCUUUAUUUCAUCAA